UGACACGCGAUACUGGAUAUGCGACGAAAUAUUUGUCGCGAUUUGAUCAAUUCGCUACUUUACAACUUGAUCAACAAACAUUUGUUAAAAUUUAACGAUUUCAAUCUCGAAUCGACAGAUUUGCCGCGCUCAUGUUUUCGAAUUUUUAACUUACCGUGAACGUUUUUAUUACGCGCGCAAAGAUAAGGCUCGUUAGCGACUGGUGACCCGAAGAAGAAACGAAACACGUGGGACUGUUGUUAAAAAAAAAAAAAAAAAACAAAAAAAAAUAAAUAAAACAACUUAUGAGAACGAACAACAAAUUCGUUCUAAAAAGUAGCAGUUUCGUUCGCAUUGCCGAAGAAGGCGGGAAAAAUAUCGGCGUGCAAUAUAUCGUUAUAGUUCGCCGAGAUCGAGCGCUUGGCGAUAAGCAGAAACGAACGUGUGAAGAGCGUAAACCUUUGACGAAAAACUCAUUACUUAAAAUUACGCAUUACCGCAAUAUGUUUGGUCAAUAUGUGUCACGUAUAAACUCAUGGAAAUAAUCUCUCUACAUCCAUCGCUUUUUAGGCAAAUGACGAAAUUAUCGCGAAUUUUAUCAACUUUGCGGUUCGAAGAGGAUACGAGAGUAAACAAGUGUUGACAAGUCAAGUAUACGAGAGGAGAAGAAAGUUAAGUAAUAUAUUUUUAAAAAAAGAUCGGAUCUAUAUCUCUCUUUCGUGUGAUGUUUCGCAAUUUAACUUAGAAAAUGACACACACACGCACACACACACACGCACAUGGCGUCUAUCUCAGAUCUAAUUAUACGGUGACAAAGUGAACACAUUACGAGAGACAAGAGAAUAAACAAGAUUAUUUGACACGUCUGUGUACUUUGCAUUAAUUGAAUUAGAAUUGUCAAAGAAGAAAAAGAAAAAGGAGAAGGAAAAAAGAAUAAAAACUCUAUCUCUCUCAAGUAUGUUAACAUUCCUUCUUGCGAAGGGCGCGGCUGGAAUCCGUGAUCUAUUGCUCCAGGAUCUUCUGACGUCGAAGGAUUCCCGAAGAGUUCGGAGCGAGAAGGAUUCGCGAGGGAUGGCAUUGUAAGAAAAGAAAUGACGUUCCGACGAAUCCCCGAUUGUACGCGUUUGACAUCUACUCCCGGUGGCGAAAAUGAGUUCGGCGGGAAGAGAAAAAUUUCUCAGCAUCAUCGACGCAGACGGGAACGAGAGGAUUUUUGCGGUCCUAUUCAAAUCCCAUUAAAGCAAUUCAUGUCAGGUCUAUUAUUGGCGUAAUGUGUGUGCUAAAAGCACCUCCUAUCUCCAUUCUCCGGACUAAGCCGGCCUAACGAGCUUGCCACGACGUAACCGAGGAGAUUUGUGCUUGGAUUUACAGAUCGCGGGUCGAUCUCAGGAAGUAAUGGAGUCGGAAAACGCGGUUCUCGCGAAUGCAACCGAUGCGUUCAACUGCAGCUCGAAGCUCGGUUCGCUCGCCGGCGGUGACGGACCCUGCGAAAGAUUCGAAUUCGGUUUCGAUCGCGAACUGGUGGAUAGGAUUGUGGCUGUGUUAGUGCCAUUGUCCUUCGGCAUGAUCGGCAUCCUCGGACUAGCUGGGAAUUCGCUGGUGGUCCUCGUGGUCGCGGCAAAUCCCGGAAUGAGAUCUACCACGAAUAUUCUCAUCAUCAAUCUGGCCGUUGCGGAUUUGCUGUUCGUCAUAUUUUGUAUACCUUUCACGGCAACCGAUUUCGUCCUGCCGUAUUGGCCGUUCGGCAACGUCUGGUGCAAGAUCGUUCAGUAUAUGAUCAUUGUCACCGCUUAUGCGAGCGUUUACACCUUGGUACUUAUGAGUCUCGACAGGUAUUUAGCGGUGGUUCAUCCGAUCGCCUCGAUGUCCUGGAGAACGGAGAUCCACGCCAUACGAGCGAUCUGCGUCAUGUGGGCGGUGAUACUUCUGAUAUCCGUGCCCGCACUGGUGAUUCACGGCGAGAUUCACUACGUGUUUCAGGAGAUAGACGAAGAAUGGGAAAAUUUGACGGCCUGCCGAAUUCUGGCCCAGUACGAUUGGACCUGCUUCCAGUUGGUCUUCUUUAUGACGACCUACGCGUUGCCGUUGAUAUUGAUAAUUAUUUUUUAUAUGUUCAUGCUGAGCAAACUCUGGCGCAACACUCGCGCCAGCGCCGAGAGCCGGCGCGGAAGACGUCGGGUCACCAGGCUCGUUUUCGUCGUCGUCGGUGUUUUCGCCGUCUGUUGGUGUCCCAUACAGGUGAUACUGGUGAUCAAAUCCCUGGACUUGUACCCGCUCACGACGGGAACGAUAAUGCUACAGAUAGCAAGUCAUAUCCUCGCCUAUACCAACAGUUGCGUUAAUCCAAUCCUAUACGCUUUUUUAAGCGAUAACUUUCGCAAAGCCUUUCGGAAACUCAUUUAUUGUAAGCCGCGACCGGAGUCGAAUAAUCGGCUGGAACCAGCAACGAGGACCACGAGAGCUGCCAGUUCUGGCGAUAUUCUUUAGGCCAAUAAGAAGCUUUGAAGUUGGAAUUCUCAGGCACAACUACUUGUCAAAGAGUGAGAGAAAUAAAAGGAAAGAGCGAGAAAUGCGAGUUAAUGGUUUCCGACAACCGCAACAUGAGAAAAGCAGAACUCUGUUGCAUGUACGACACAUCGCGAUCGCGAUGCCGAAACAAACGGAACAUGCGCAAUUUCGAUCCGCUUUGCCGUUUAAUCAGACGGAAACGUUGUACGUAUCUUAUGAACGAAACGUUCGAAAAACGAUAAGUGAUCCGGUAAUAUCGUCGGCCGUCCCGAGAGAAUGGCGGCGCACAACGAAUAGUCUCGUAAAAAUGGUCGCUCACCUCGACUCGUACAAACAAAUUUUAAUCAAGCAGACAUAUUCCACAUGAGCAAUGAGACGAGAUAAUCCGAUACCCUCGUCGCGCUGAUUCGAUCUUGACUAAGCGUUUGCGUAGCUAUCUCUCUGUGAUAUUCGCAGUCCUAUUUGCGUUUGCAGUACAUCAGCGAUCUCCCAUCAUUAUACAGUAAUCCAGCUAUGCGGGAUAAAUUGGGAUGGAUUGGAAUAAAUCACAGCGCAAAUGAAUCACACGUGCGAACUGUUUAUUUUUAAAGCGCCAGAAUUUUGGUUCACAGAUUUUAUUUAUCAAUGUUUGUUUCAUCAAUAUCUGUUUUAUACGAAACAAAAACGACUUUUAAACACGUUGAAAUUUUAUUUGAAAAAUUUUCUCUUUUAUCACUCGCUUUUAUUUACGACAAAAUUUA